CUUUCUGCAAUGAAUUGGAUGUUAUUCAUUUGUUUAGUGAAAGUACGCCAUUGCUACGUGAAUGUUGCCUUAAACAAGCCAGCAUAUCAACAGAAUCCCCUUAAUCCAAAUGACAGUACAGGUGAUGCCAGUAAUGCAGUCGAUGGGCAGAAGUCAAACCUGAGUAGGAAAGGUGGUCAAUGUGUCGUUUCAACUAACGAAGAAACCGCCACUUGGUGGGUCAACUUGACAAGCAUCCACAACAUCCAGAACAUAACAAUCUACUACAUGACAGGCAAUAAACCUUGGGGAGCUACAAAUUACUACACAGGUUCUUUUCUGGGAUUUUCUGUAUAUGUCUCAAAUUCAACAGAGAGACUACGAGGAAUACAAUGUUUUAAAGACAACAACUUUACACUAGAUACCAUACCUUCUGUAUUCACCGUCGUCUGUCCUGUUCAUGGACAAUAUGUGAUUUACUACAACGAGAGACUAACGGAAAAAGCCUACCCUGACAAUUACCGCCCAACUGCUGAAAACAAUUUAUGUGAGAUUGAAGUAUAUGGCUGUCCUGAUUCCGGAUGCUAUGGUUCUACAAAUACCUCUCUCCCUUGCCCGGAUGAUAACUGUCAUUACUGUCACAAAGAGACGGGCACCUGUCAAGUUUGUUACCCUGGGUACAAAGGUCAAAAUUGUAAGCUAGAAUGUGAUACUGGAGAGUAUGGGAUAAACUGUUCAAAGAGUUGUGGUAAUUGCUACAAUCAAUCGCAAUGCCACAAUGUCGACGGAUCCUGCUCUGAAGGAUGUUCUGCUGGAUACAAGGGGUCCCUGUGUAUUGACCGUAAAUACUAUUUUCGAGUAUUUACGAUUAAUAUAUAUCUUUUGACAUAUCUGUCUUUUUUUAAGAUGCAUAUUUCUUUCUGUUUACUCGAUGUUUUAGAUGUUGCAUGUAAUGACUACCAAUGGCUCUCCUAG